GGGUCUAAUCACAUAGACACAAAAAUCAUCAUGGCUGCUGCGGUGGUACGGGGUAUCGGCUCUAACCUUGCCAAAAACCUUCGCGAAAUUCGUCUGCAUUUGUGCCAGAGUUCACCUGCAAGUCAAGGAGCUCGGGACUUCGUGGAGCAGCACUAUGUAGCACUGAAAUCAGCGAACCCCGGUUUUCCCAUCCUCAUCCGAGAAUGCUCCGGAGUCCAGCCCAAACUUUGGGCCAGAUACGACUUCGGGAAGGAGACCAGUGUGGCGUUGGAUAAUAUGACGGUGGACCAGGUGGCUUCAGUGCUGCAGACUGUUGUCAAGGUGUAGAAGCUAACCAGAGAGAAGAGAUAUAUUGUAAAUGGCCUGUAUGAAACUAAUAUUAACCUACUGUUUUGUUGUUCUAAAUAAACGUGAUCAUUAUUCCUGA